CCCCGGGAGGCCGGUCCCGAGCUGCCCGGGAAGGCGGCGCUGCUGCGGCGGCAGGAGGAGCGGGAGCACCGGGAGCCCCGGGAGCGGCAGGAGGAGCGGGAGCGCAGGUUACACCGGGAGCGGCAGGAGGAGCGGGAGCGCAGGUUACACCGGGAGCGGCAGGAGGAGCGGGAGCGCAGGUUACACCGGGAGCGGCAGGAGGAGCGGGAGCGCAGGUUACACCGGGAGCGGCAGGAGGAGCGGGAGCGCAGGUUACACCGGGAGCGGCAGGAGGAGCGGGAGCGCAGGUUACACCGGGAGCGGCAGGAGGAGCGGGAGCGCAGGUUACACCGGGAGCGGCAGGAGGAGCGGGAGCGCAGGUUACACCGGGAGCGGCAGGAGGAGCGGGAGCGCAGGUUACACCGGGAGCGGCAGGAGGAGCAGGAGCAGCGGGAGCAGCAUGGUGGUGCCGCCGCUGCUGCGCGCCGUCAUCAUGGGGCCGCCGGGCUCCGGGAAAGGCACCGUCUCCGCCCGGAUUAUCAAGCACUUCGGCGUGAAGCACCUCUCCAGCGGCGACCUGCUGAGGGACAACAUGCAGAGGAGGACAGAAGUGGGAAUCCUUGCCAAGUCCUACAUUGAUCAAGGGCAGCUUAUUCCAGAUGACAUCAUGACACAACUAAUGCUGAAUGAGAUAAAAGGUCUAGACCGGUACAACUGGCUAUUGGAUGGUUUCCCCAGAACAGUUGCUCAGGCAGAAGCCCUUGAUAAAGAAUGUCACAUAGACACUGUGAUUGACCUAGACGUGCCAUUUGAGACCAUAAAGUGUCGCCUUACAGCACGCUGGAUCCACCCUGCCAGUGGCAGAGUCUACAAUGUUGAAUUCAGUCCUCCCAAAGUGCAGGGCAUUGAUGACAUUACUGGCGAGCCGCUUGUUCAGCGCGACGAUGACAAGCCCGAGACUGUCAGCAAGAGGCUGCAGGCUUAUGAUGCACAAACAAAACCUGUUCUAGAGUAUUACAGGAAAAGAGGGUUAUUGAAAUCCUUUUCUGGAACAGAAACCAAUAAGAUCUGGCCACACAUCUAUGCCUUCCUUCAAACGAAGUUGCCAGAUGUAAGCCAGAAAGAUGCUGCCAACCCCAGGUGAAAAUAGGUCAAACUUCUCAUCUGUCAUAGCUCACUCCUGAUUACAUAAGAUUCUGCAAUCAAGGAUUUGUCCAAGUAGUCUACCACACUCAUCAAUAAUUAAAGUCCAAUGCUGUCCUUAACUUACAUUAUGGUAAAAUUUUGUUGCCUGUGGUUAUCACUUUA